CGCAGUGGAACCCCGCUGACAGUUUUCUCGGGGUUUGUGUCGCAGCGUUGCGCGAGCGGCGGGAGGGGCUGAUGGCGGCGGAGGCUGAGGCGGGGGCCGGGCCCGCCUCCGCGGAGUGGGAGGCCCCCACGCGGGUGCUGCGGGCGCUCACCUGGCUCGGGCAGGAGUUCCUGUCGGACUGGGAGGCCCAGGACUUGCGGGCCGCCCUCUUCCAGCUGCUGCUGCUCUGGCUGCUGGUGAGCUUGCUCGGCAUCCAGGUGGCCUGGCGGGUCUACGGGAAUACCGUCACCGGCCUCUACUAUCGGCAAGGCCCUGGAGGACAGAAUGGAGAAACUCCAGAUGGCUCUUCACACUACUCUGUGUGGGAGAGCACAAGCAACACAAAUACAAAAACACAUCGGGAGUAACAACAGAGAUGACCAAGCCAGGCUCCUGCUGCACCAGGAGCACAGAGGACAGGAUUGCUUGCCUGUCCACUUAGAAGCCCUGCUGUUUCAGUGCAAAGGGAAGGUGCAAUCAGAGUUGUUGUUUCUCCCAUACUGUGGCUUAAUUGCUGGCCAUCACUGGUGCUGAGAGGACUGCUCCUAUCCAUCCAGUUACCAAGCGCUGAGUCUCAGGAUUGCUCUACUCAGGUUCGGGAAGCUGCAAUUCCCUCCCCUCCUUCCCCAUUACAUUAUUUCCAUUAUUGUUUCUCCUGCUGUGCCACAAACCUGUCUGCAGACUGGCCUCCAGUCUAUCUUUUCUCAGCAUUAAAUUGCUGGCACAGACCUCAUUUCUUUCUGUUGUGGUACUUGAAUACCUCUGGCCCUGAGCCAGCUUCUGUUCAGAAAGGGAACAGGGUCAUUUUUCCAGUUGAGUAUGAAUCACCAUUUGCUACCAUAUCUGAGUAGCUCAGGCCUACCAUAAACUGUAGUCUGAGUCAGCAGUGCCCAGGCAUAUUGGCCUACAGCUUGAGAACUCCAAGACUACAUGGCCAAUCAUUGGGAAUUCUGAGUUGUUCUUCACAUUUGGUAGGGACUGGAUUGGAGAAAUCUGGUCUGGGCAAUUUUUUUAAUGUCUUCUACCUCUGUUAGCUUUGUAGUAUGUGCUAAUGACUUUCUUUAGCUCAAUUUCUAGAACAGUUCUGCUUGCAAACCAUAAGCCAUGGUGCUUAUGACCUGGAGGUCUAAGAUGAAUCUGUCUCUGCAGUUGUGUGAUCGAAGACGUGCUGAUGCAAUACUGAGCUUUCCUCUUCUCUGCCAUGUGUUGCCACUUAUUGCAUAGUUUGUAAUGUAUAGAUUAUAAAGAAGUAAUUAAAAAAACAAAAGUA